AUGGACGCAGCACGCGAAUACUUGGAGGCCCAGCUGCCGCCGGCAGAGGAGCAGUGGCAGCUUUUGCGCGCGGCUCUUUGCUGCUGUGGCAAGGUUGGCGAAGAUCUCUCGGCACGCACCAGCGAUUCCAGCGAGGGUGACAGCGACGAAGAUGUGCAGCUCCGCACGUGCAGGACCCGGCGCAACUCUUUGCCAGACACUGCACAACUGCCGCUGUUUCUGGGGAUCGGGGCGGCUGAGACUCCAAAGUCGUCUCGACACAGGCGAUCCGUGGGCCACGAAUCCAUCCAACGCGGUCAGCUGGAUGGAUGA